AUGGUGAAACCUCUUACAUGCUUUGGUCAUAUGAGAUUCAGAGCCAUCAACAGUCCUGCCUGGAUUCCCAUGGAAAUAGUUAACAAUGUCACUGAGUUUAUAUUCCUGGGACUGUCCCAAGAUCCUGGAACGCAGCUCAUAUUCUUUGCACUCUUCCUCCUCUUCUACACUGUGAUUAUGGUGGGAAAUCUGCUUAUCUUACUGACUGUCUUUUUUGACCCCCGGCUCCACACACCGAUGUAUUUCUUCCUCAGUAACCUGUCUUUUGUGGACAUUGCUUACUCCUCAGCCACAGCUCCCAAGAUGAUUGCAGACUUCAUAUCAGAGAAAAAGACCAUUUCCUACUGGGGCUGUGUGACUCAGAUGUUUACCUUCCACUUUUUUGGUUGUGCUGAGAUUUUUGUUUUGACUGUCAUGGCUUUUGACCGUUAUGCUGCGAUCUGCCAGCCUCUUCGCUAUACUACCAUCAUGAGUGCCAAUGUUUGUUCCGUGCUAGCGUUAGUGUCCUGGUUGGGGGCCCUGGGUCAUUCCUUUGUGCAGACCCUCCUAACUUUUCAGCUGCCCUUCUGCAAUGCUCAAGUCAUUGACCACUACUUUUGUGACGUCCACCCAGUCCUAAAACUUGCAUGUGCUGAUACAACACUGGUAAACAUCUUGGUCAUUGCUAAUAGUGGUCUUAUCUCUCUGGGAUGUUUCCUUAUUCUUUUAGCCUCCUACACAGUUAUUUUAUUUAGUCUUCGGAAGCGAUCUGCAGAGAGCCGUCGCAAAGCUCUCUCUACCUGUGGAUCUCAUCUGACUGUAGUGACUUUCUUCUUUGUUCCUUGUAUCUUUAUUUAUCUCCGCCCAUCUACGACCUUCCCACUGGAUAAAGCCGUGUCUGUGUUCUAUACUACCAUCACCCCAAUGCUAAACCCACUCAUUUACACUCUGAGAAAUGAGGAUGUAAAGAAUGCCAUGAAACGACUAUGGAGCAGGAAGAUCUCGAAGGAGAAACAGAAGGGAUAG